GAGCUUCGCCUCCCCUACUAUUCUCGAAUUGCACCAUGUGGUGUCAAACCCACACGUUGCUACUCGCAGCAAUCUGAACUCUUGCCCUACAGCCAUUUCAAUACCCACCUUUCGACUAUCACCAAACCCGCGGCUCCUGCGUUGGAUCCUCCCUUGCGACCUCCAUCAGUUUGUGGUGACUUGUUUGAUUCAGUUUUAGUUUUCCUCUUACGCAUCUGCCGGUGAACCCACACUUCUGCCUCGGCCCGAUGUGUUCAGACCGAUCGCCGCGAGAUCUGUAGGUUUUAGUCUACAAAUCGUGCAGUAUGGUGUUGCAUCUUUGCUAAUUCUGUUGCGAAGCAGGGUGUUGCAGAUGGGGGAGUUUUGCGACAGAAAGAGCUAUCAGCUGUUGCUGGUGCUUGUCAUUUGCCUAGGGUUGUCGUCCUUCAUAGUUGUGGCAACGUCGGAUCUGCCGUUGCUACCAGCAGUUGGUCAUGGCUCGAGAUCCUCUCUUAUGUCAGCAUCUACCCUGAAGCAACCCACACAAUGCAAGUGGUCGAAGUUCGGCUGCUUCAGGAAUUCAUUCCAGGGGUCACUGACGCCUCGCAGUGUCUACGGAGCUCGUCUGCCCGAGAACCAACCACGUACUCUACACAGAAUGGUACGUGAACACAAACCAACCACUCGAGCGACUCCCAAUUGCGAGUCGGGAAGCAAGUUUUGGCACAAUGCGAGGCGUCGUGCGCACCUCCGAGGCUACCUGGCUUCUUGCGACGAGACACAUUAGCAUCGUAGAGAACCACAAUACUCCAACCUAGACCGUGAGUGAUCGCUAUGCAAUUGAGGUAGCUUGAUUCAGGCACGGCGAUGGCGUGCACGGGAUUAGUCAGUAUCAAAAGAAGCUGAUUACCAACUUUCACACACAUUUCUGAGUAUUUCGACUUCUAGAUCACCAAUCCAACAAGGAGACCAUAGAAGUAGCACUGAUGUUUAAGGAUGGAAUUUAAUAUGUAAAAUAACUAGAGUUAUUAAAGUAGUCUCGAGAGCAAAGUAAGUUUCUGUGAACGUAAUUGUGCGAUCAACAUUUUCACUGUGCAAUAAAUCGGCAGGUGGGUCCACUUGGAAACGGCUACGCAACAGCUCCUUUAAAAACCA